ACGCAUUAAUACUUUUCCGGCUAUGUCUGAUGUGGUGUGGACGGGAAAUGUUCACUUUCCUGUUAAUGACUUCAGCGUGAGGACCUGGUGCUGACACGUCGAGUAAUCCCUACCGAUUACUAAUGACUUUAUUUAUUCAUCUAUUUUACUCAUAUAUGUUUGGUCAAAUAACCAAAACAAACGGGUUAUCGUCUACGAUCUAGUAUCGACAAUCAAACAGUGUAAGCCUGUUAGCUAGCUAGCUCACGUCUCCUGUCUUAAGGUAACUUGGCCAGUGGGUGGCAGCCGUGCAACUAGGAGAGCUUGCCUCUACUCUACUUAUUUUAAACGAAGAACAAAAUGGCUGGCUGUUGGUUGAUCAAAGUAGUACGCGAAGCACGAUUGACCAAUCGUCAUGCCUCCGAGUUUGGGUAUCGUCCAAUCAGGUGGCCUGUAGGCGGGAUAUCAUCCUGUCUAACGAACAACUAUAAAUCCAACCGUUGUGAAUGUGUCGUGAACAUAGUCUGCGCCGUGAUCGUUUUUUUUUUAAACUUACGGGACAUCAUUUGAGUGUAGCGAGUGAUAAUUGUCUGUCAGUGUUGAAUUAAUACACCGGUGUUCACACGAGUUCAUAGACGAAGGCGCCAAAGCGAGCAGAUGACAAUACUCGGCUAAGUCGGCUAAGCUAACCACCUAGCCCGCAGCAUGCCGAAUUUUUGCGCGGCCCCGAACUGUACGAGGAAGAGUACACAGUCCGAUCUGGCUUUUUUUCGCUUUCCGCGGGACCCAGAGAGAUGUCGAAUCUGGGUAGAGAACUGCCGCAGAGCAGAUCUGGAGGCAAAGACGUCGGACCAGUUGAACAAGCACUAUAGAUUAUGUGCCAAACACUUCGAUCCAGCUAUGGUUUGCAAAACUAGCCCCUAUAGGACCGUGUUGAAGGAUACAGCCAUUCCAACUAUAUUCGAUCUGACAAGUCAUCUAAAAAAUCCUCAUACCAGACAUCGCAAGCGGAUUAAAGAACUUACUGAAGAAGAUAUAAGAAAGAUCAAAGAAAGGAGAUUGGCAUCCUCUAUUGAACAGCUUGUUUCCAAAAAAGAUGCAGCAGCCGAAGACAGCACAAGCACCAAUGAGGAUGAACCUCAGCUGUCCACCGAGGAGAAAGAGCUUCGCGAAUACCUGAGGUCCAUGUUUGAGGUUGUGGUCAUGCUUGGAAAACAGUGUAUCCCAUUAGUGGCGGACAAAGCAUCUGAAGCCGUACAUAAGUCCAACAACUUCCAGGCCCUUCUAGAUUACCGCAUGAAUGUGGGAGACGCCGCUUUGAAGAAGCGGUUUGAGGCGACAGCUGUGAACACAGAAUACCUCUCUGCGACGCAGCAGAGCCAGCUCCUGGACGUCUGUGAGAACACGGUGAGGGAAGAGAUGCUAAUGGAGGUGAGAGAGAGUCGCUUCUUCUCCCUAGUGACCGGGGACCUUGUCGAAUUUUCCAGCGAGCGACACCUUCCUCUGUUUCUGCGCUUCGUGAAUCAGCAGAACGUCCUUCGAGAGGAGUUUUUAGACUUUGUGCUGUUUGAUGGUGACGAGUCAUCGCUGGUGGAGAGACUGGAGGCGCAGCUCACGGACCGUUGGGGCCUUAGCAUGGAGGACUGCCGUGGUCAGGCCCACAAGGCCACUGGGAGCUCCACCACCAAGAUGAAAGCUGUGGCAGUGUUACUGAUGGAGAAGUACCCCCUGGCAUUGAACAUGCCUUGCUCCCAUAUGGCGCUGAACAUUCACCUGGCCAACAGUCUGCCUUUUCCUAAUGUCCAGGUUGUCAUGGAGACUCUGAGGAGGAUUGGUGCUUUCUUCAGAACGCCCCUCACUCAGGAGGAGCUGGAUGCCGGCGUCUCUUCUCACUACCAGAAAAAUGAAGAGAAGGUUACUGUGCUAAAGCAAGCUUGUGUCUCAGGGUGGAUGGAGCAGCACAGCGUCUUCGAUGUGCUGCUGGAUCUGCUGCCGCCCCUGCUGCUGUGCAUGGACAGCAUUUGGGACAAUGGCGAUGGACAGUUCACUGACGCUGUCACAGCGGAGGCGUACUCAAUCACAGAAAUUCUGUCUGACUUUGAGAUCAUUGUCACCAUCGUCAUCUUGAAGAAUGUUCUCACGUUUACCAGAGCCUUUGGGAGGAAUCUCCAAAGGGAAACACUGGACGUGUUCUUCGCUGCCAACAGUCUCACUGCCGUCCUGCAUUCACUAAAUGAGGUCAAUGACAACAUUGACGUCUAUCAUGAAUUCUGGUAUGAGGAGGCGGUGAGUUUGGCCAAUGUCAUGGAGAUUCCUGUCAAGGUCCCGAGGCUGUUCCUUCGGAAACAGCGUGUGGCAGAUGUGGACGAAAUCCAAGCAGAGGCCUAUUUUAAGGAGUAUGUGACGAUCCCUGUUAUCCGUGGCAUCAUGCAGGAGGUGGAGGACAUGUUCUCUGAGACCAACCUCAAAGCUCUGAAGUGCCUGUCGCUGGUCCCGGCUGUCAUGGGCCAAAUGAAGUUCAACACCACCGAGGAGAACUACGCAGAUGUUUACCGUAACGACCUCCCCAACCCAGACACGCUUCCCGCAGAGCUUCACUGCUGGAGAAUCAAGUGGAAGCACCGGGGCAAAGAGGUUCGCCUGCCCACCACCAUCCACGAAACCCUGCAGCUUCCGGAUGUCAAGUUCUUUCCCAACGUGAACUCCUUCCUCAAGGUGCUCUCCACCUUACCUGUGCUGAAACUGGAAGAAAACAAAAGUGACACUGCAAGUGAACGGCUGCAGGCUUAUCUUGCCGGCACGCCUGCCAAGCAGUGGAACAAAAGUCUCGCCAUGCUCAACAUUAACACUCACGUCAAACACGACUUGGACGUCAUGGUAGAUAAAUAUUGCAGACUCUACCCAGAGGACGAUGCUGAAGCUGAGGAGGCAGCUGAAGAAGAUGCUGUGGUGAAAUGAUCAUGACACAGAAACUGAGCUUUAAAUAACUGUUCUGGGACAGAAAUGAGUGGAACAGAAAUGCUGUCGGUCAUAAAAACAUCCUGAUCUGGUUGCCGGUGUGCGUUUUCCUGCAUUUACACUUGAAUAUUUGUAUUAAUGAUUUAAAUGCAGAUGUGAAGAGAUAAUGUAUGCUAUGUCCAUUCAGUCUCUGAGGUUUCAAAGAAAACCUUUUAGUUCUUAUUUGUACAUCACAGCCUCAUCUGGUAUUGUAAGAAAACAAAUUCUCUUUACCUCAUGGAGACUCAACAAAUAUUGCCACAACAUAAGACCUACAGAAAUGAAAUGUACUGUCAAACGUAUGAUCUGUAAAUAUUCAAAGUUCCGGCUCUUUGUCAGGCCAUUUAGACUUUAAUAAUGCGGUGAUGCUAAGGAAAUAUUUUUUUAGCUCAUAUACAUUUAGCUUUUAAAUCAAACCACAUGAUGAACACGUCGCCCUGCUAAUCCACAGGAGCGAUUUCCUUCAGGUGACUGUGAGGCAGCAGGAGCACAAGAGGGAGCAGUCACACCAAUAUCAGCAGUAUCCCAGGACGAAUACCAACAGGAAGCUUCUAUUCAUUGGAUAGUUAUAGAGGCCAGUGUGUUCAGAGUUUAAAUGAUGUAGUAUCCCCAUUGAAACAGCUCAAAAUACCAACCUGGUAUGUGAUAGUGAUAUUUUUGCCUCACCAUGUACUGUUUUAAAAUAAGAAUACACUGCAGGAGAUAUGACAACUCUGGAUAUGGCAUUGAUAUGUUUUUGUUAUAAUUGUUUGUGGUAAGGUAGUUUUAUUUUUUCUGUCUCCUAAAAUAUUCAUUACACUGUCCCUUUUUUAAAAAACAUAAUCAAGUCUAUUUUCAGUUUGUUUAAUAAAAUCCUUUUACAGAAGAAAAUUAAAAUGCAAGUCUGAUUUUUAUCCUCAUUUAUUUGAGAAUAAUCAUUGGUAAUUUCUCUCCUUUUAUUCAGUU